CGUCUGUCUCUCUGUGUCCCUGUCUCAGUUAAACAGAGUAGCUGCCUGCUGGAUCUCUGCCUUCCUUCUCUUCUCCUCUUUUUUUUCCUCUGGAUAUAAACAUCAAAGGCCCAGAGACUCCCAGCAUCCAACGGCAGAUGGAGGGCUUCCAUAGAUUACCUGCAAGCCCAACUAAGUCUCUUUACCUGCGAGCACUGCAGCUUUUGGAGUAGUUUCCUCCUCACCUGUGUAGAGGGGAACUACAGAACUGACACUUCUUUUCUUUUUCUUAUUGCAGCCUGGACCUGUGCCGUAGCUACAGCCACUGCUCUCUCUCUCUCUCUCCUCCCCUUUUCUCUUUCACUCGCUCAGCUGUCACUCUGUCUGUCACUCUCAGGAUAUCCCCUUCCCUCUUUCUAGGGUUUCAUAAUGCAUCGGGAUCUGUGCGAGGUCUGACUCUCAUUCAGAGGCAGGGGUGGAUUUCAUCCUGCUGUUUUCUCCUCGUUUGAGAAUAUGGACGAGUAAUGAAUGCUGCUUCAGCAUGGUUCAACAGACGGGGGUCAUGGAAAUAAAUAGAGGUCACAGGCCAGUGCAACACACAGCCUUGAACAUAAGUUUGAAUAACUAGAUCCAGCCUGUUUUUUUUUUAUUGUCAACCCUCUAGUACUGUCUUUUGCUGUAGCAGAAGGGUUUUUGUGUAUGUGUGUGUCUUUCGGAUCUAAUUGGAUAUACAAUCAUGGGAAACGCAGCAGGGAGCAUAGACGUACCACAGGGGAAGGAGGGCAAGACGGUGUCGGCCCCUCCGGGCCCCGCAGCCUGUCAGAAACAAUCCACCGGACUGAAACUUCCCAUGCCACCUGAAGAAGAGCUGGAGGAGCGCUUCAGUGCGGUGCUGAACACGAUGAAUCUUCCUCCCGACAAGGUGAAGAUCCUCAGUCAGUACGACAACGAGAAGAAGUGGGACCUGAUCUGUGACCAGGAGCGGUUCCAAGUGAAGAAUCCUCCAUCUGCUUAUUUGGAGAAACUGAAAAGUCACCUCGACCACGGAGGUGUCAGUCGAAAGUUUAAGAGACGCGUCCAGGAAUCCACGCAGGUCCUGAGAGAGCUGGAGAUCUCCCUGAGGACCAAUCAUAUCGGCUGGGCUCAGGAGUUCCUCAACGAGGAGAAUCAAGGCUUAGAUGUUCUUGUGGAUUAUCUGUCCUUUGCCCACAGUGCUGUCAUGUAUGAUGCCGACAGUCUGGACAACGGCACGCUGCCCGCAGACAAAAGCAGAACUAUGGACAUGUCAGUGGAAGAUCUGAGCAGAAGUGCCAGUAACUCACCAACUCACGGUGUCUCGAAGGCCAGUAAGGCCUUCACGGUCAGGAAGGCCCUGAGACACUCACGUGCCGUGAGCCAGAAAGACGACGUUCAUCUCGGCAUCAUGUGUUUACGUGCCAUCAUGAACUACCAGUCUGGGUUCAACCUGGUGAUGAAGCAUCCCUGCUGUGUCAACGAGAUCACGCUCAGCCUCAACAACAGAAACCCGAGGACCAAGGCUCUGGUGCUGGAGCUUCUGGCUGCUGUGUGUUUGGUGAGAGGAGGCCAUGACAUCAUCCUGUCUGCGUUUGACAACUUCAAAGAGGUUUGUGGAGAGAAAAGUCGAUUUGAGAAGCUCAUGGAGUAUUUCCGCAAUGAAGACAGCAACAUCGACUUCAUGGUGGCCUGUAUGCAGUUCAUCAACAUCGUGGUCCACUCGGUGGAAAACAUGAACUUCAGAGUCCACCUCCAGUACGAGUUCACCCGUCACGGGCUGGACGACUACCUCGAGCAGCUGAAGUUCACAGAGAGCGACAGGCUGCUGGUGCAGAUUCAAGCCUAUCUUGACAACGUGUUUGAUGUCGGAGCUCUGCUGGAGGAUGCAGAGACCAAGAACGCUCUGCUGGAGCACAUGGAGGAGCUGCAGGAACACAACACACAGCUGAACACCAGGCUUCAGGAGAGUGAGAAGGAAGCAGUGGAGAAAGUGUCAGAGUUGGAAAAGAAGCUGAUUCAGACCACGAAAGAAGUGGAGCUGCUAAAGGAGAGUCUACGUGAAUCUUGCUCCCAGGUGACCCUGCUGCAGCAGCGGGAACGAGAGAGCGAGCUUGAACGAGAGAGGGAGAGAGAAAGAGAGAGAGACAAGGACAGAGCCACCCAGGCCCUGAAGGAGCUCGAGGUCAAAGUUCAGGCUCUGGUGGAGCAGGGUCUGGUCCGGAUGGAGCGCUCCCCCUCUGGACAGCUGGACGUCCAGGUGGUCCCUGUCGUCCAGCAGGAGAUACAGAAAGCUAAAGAAGAAGAAAGUACAAGUAAAGACUGUGAGGCCUCAGAGUCCCUCCCUCACCUUUCUGAGGGUCCUGCGCAGUUGGUACAAGCACCUCCUCCCCCACCUCCUCCUCCUCCUCCUCCUCCUCCACCUCCACCUCCAAGCACAACCGGAGCUCCUCCUCCUCCUCCUCCUCCUCCUCCACCACCACCACCAGCGGCCCCUCCACCACCCCUGCUUCCUCCUGGAGGUGGGACAUCCACGCCUUUGGGGAGUGUGUCUGACGGGAGCUCGGGUUGUAAAAAAAAGAAGCCUAUUCAGACCAAGUACCGGAUGCCGCUGCUCAACUGGCAGGCUCUCAAAUCCAACCAGGUGGCAGGAACCGUCUUCAACGAGCUAGACGACGAACACGUGUUGGAGGAACUAAACAUGGCUGCAUUUGAGGAGAAGUUCAAGACGAAGGCUCAGUCCCCCCCUGUAGAAAUAGGUACCCUCAAGAUGAAACUGGCCCACAAGAUCCCCAGUAAAGUAUCCCUAAUGGAGCCCAACAGGGCCAAAAACCUGGCUAUCACCCUGCGCAAAGAAGGAAUGGCUGCAUCUGAUAUUUGCCGCACCAUUGAGACGUACGACCAGAAAGCUCUGAGCCUGGACUUCCUCGAGCUCCUGGAGCGUUUCAUCCCCACAGAGUAUGAAAUGAAGCUCAUCCACAACUAUGAAUGUGAGGGCAGGCCCCUGGACGAGCUCAGCGAGGAGGACCGCUUCAUGGUGCGCUUCAGCAAGAUCCCGCGGCUUUCCCAGCGUAUCAGCACUCUCACCUUCAUGGGCAAUUUCCCCGACAGUGUCCAGCUAAUACAGCCUCAACUCGAUGCAAUCAUCGCCGCCUCAAUGUCAAUCAAAUCCUCCAGCAAGCUGAAGAAAAUCCUUGAGAUCAUCUUAGCGUUUGGAAACUACAUGAACAGCAGCAAGCGAGGGGCGGCGUACGGCUUCCGCCUGCAGAGUUUAGAUUUGCUGUUAGACACUAAAUCUACAGACCGCAAGCAGACGUUGCUCCACUUCAUCGUCAACAUCAUCCAGGAGAAAUACCCAGAAGUCCAGAGCUUCCACACAGAACUUCACUUCCUGGAUAAGGCGGCGCUCGUUUCGCUUGACAGCAUUCUGCAGGAUGUGCGAGGUCUGGAGAGAGGCAUGGAGCUGACCAGGAGGGAGUUCUCUGUAGAAAAAGAUAAUCCUGUUCUGCAGACUUUUCUCACCAACAACGCAGAGCUGCUCAACUCUCUUAUAGCUGACGGAAAAACUGCACAGGACGUGUACGACUCAGCUGUGGAGUACUUUGGCGAGAACCCUAAAAUCACUCCACCCUCCGUGUUCUUCCCCGUUUUUGUCAGAUUCAUCAAAGCGUACAAGCAAGCUGAGCAGGAGAACAGGCAGAGGAGGACACACCUGCUGAGAUGUGAAGCUCCAUCGACUCCAAACAAGCCUGAUCUCAUGGGGAACAAGGCUCCCGUGACGUCCAAAGUGCAACAGGUGGACCUGAUAGCGGAGCUGAAGAAGAGGCAGGUGUCUCCUCUGGUGAGAGAGGGGAAGGACGGGGCGAUCGAGGACAUCAUCACAGACUUGAGGAAUCAGCCCUACAGACGGGCAGACAGCGGCCGGCGCAGCGCCAAGUGGAAACCAGGACAACAGCUCCACGUCUCCUCAGACAUCUCCCUGUGAAAAACACUACAGCUACAAAAGCACAAGAGAUCAGAUUUAUAACUCACUGUGGUCACAAUCUUAUCCUCCACUGCAUGUUUAAGGCUGCAGAGGUGAUGUUGCAUGUUUCCCAGAGAGAGAAAUCAACAGCACAAACACGUCCUGUUCACAUCAUCUGUCACACUUAACAUCAUUUCAUAGAUUACACUAUAUUUACACAACACACACACACACUAUUUUAUAACACUAAGACCUUUCUGAAUAGAAAACCUGGAUGAUUUCAGAGAUGUUCUGUGAUUUGAAUAAGAAAAAUGUUAAAGAGAGUGAAUAUUAGCUGUACUUGAUGCUAAUGACACUGGAUGUCAUGAGCUAAUUAAAACGAUUACAUGGAAGAGUGAGCCAUUCAGCUAAUAUGAGACAAGAGCUCUUCAUUUAAUGUUGCUCAGACAUCAGGGUCUCUGCUAAAAGUGACUCUUCAAAGGCAUUAAAAGAAACUCUGACAGACAGAACACAUAAAUCAUUUUGAUAGUUCUCUUAAAAAAAGCUGCAGACAUGAUUUUUUAAUUGGUUAUCGUUUAAAUAAUUGCCUCUGUCUUUCUUUCUGUCUUUUAGUAGGUCUCAACAAUUACAUUCAAGAUUUGUAAUAUAUUUAAAUUAUUUUUAAUACUGAAGUGUACGAAUGAGUAACUUCUACUUUGCUUCUGCAUUUCAACAAAUAAAGCAUUUUAUACCAUUCUU